CUGUUUGUAUUUCGCCGUCGUUCGUGCUGUCCUCUCGACCUGCAACCCUCCAAGAACUGCUGGAAGCUGCUUUUCCUCCUUCUCAGCUGCGUCUCGUAUUAUUAUCACAUAGCUUCUAGAGCUUCCGGUGGUUCGAUCAAAUGGCUCCACCACCGUCACCGUCGUUGCCCUUGGGCGAGCGACUCAAGCAGCUCGCCCAACGACUGCAAUUUGGAUGGUUCGUGGGCCAUCUUGCCCUUGUUCUUGCCGUCUUCCGAUAUCUCCUCUCUGUCCUGACUUUCAAUUCGACCUCGAGAAUGGCCCAAGCUUCAUACCGAUUUGCCUUCAUUGCCGCAGCAGCUACGUACGGGAUCGUGGUCUACAAGUCACAUAUUGCUCGUGGUGAUAUGAAGGGAAAUGUGCCUGCUCUCGUUAUGAAAUUGGCCGGAGAUGAGAACGUUCAAUACUUGCUUAUUGCCCUCGUUUGGCUGUAUGCCCGUCAGAUCACCAUUGCCGUUCUUCCAUUUGCGAUCUACUCAUUCUUCCAUGUGGCCACCUUCACUCGUAGCCACCUGAUUCCAACAAUUCAACCACCAAAAGAACCAGAACCGGGGGCCGGCUCACCAUCCAGGCAGGGGGCUAAGCAGUCGCCCCUGUCAGAGAGCAUUGGCCGUUUCAUCAAGCAGUAUUAUGAUACCAGCAUGGCGUUGGUUGCUUCGCUCGAACUAUCGGUUCUCAUUCGGCUGAUUGGAGCUGCUCUUACCUUUUCUAGUGGCAGCUGGGUUCUUCUCGCGGUGUAUUUUAUGUUCUUCCGGUCCAGAUACACUAGCAGCAAAUAUGUCCAGGGCGUUGUUGCUCAUUCAAGUCAGAGAAUCGAAGCUUCCAUCUCGCACCAAAGUACCCCGCCGGUCGUGAGACAGGGCUGGCAGGUAUUCAAGGACUUUGCCAGACGGGUGUAUGAGUUCACGGAUGUGAACCGCUACAUUGGAGCCUAUUCCCCGGCCGGAGCUAAGAAGCCACAGUAAAUAUUCUUUCUAGACCGGCAAAAGAGGGAAUCGUUUUUACGACAACGACGACGACGGCCGGAGAUCCAAGCGAACCACUGAAGAAGAAGAUGAUGAUGAUGAAGAGCAGGGCUAUCCUGCGCAUUGAAUGUUGUGAAGCGCCAGAAGUGAUUGCAGAUGCGGACACAAGCAACCGAGUGGGCAUACAAACAAGCUAUCGAUGAAUCUACAAGAACUCUUUGUACUUUUACACUUUCCUGAAAAUAUGUUUCCCUGUCAUUUCAUCAUCCACGGCUGAUUUGGCUUUUUUGCCUCUGAUUUUUAAUGAUGAUAUCUCUUUGCUUUCUGUGUUUGUCCAUUGCUGCUUCCGGGGUUAGCUAACCGGAGUUUUCUGUGAUUCUUUGGGCUACAUUUAGGCCGGGGCCGGAGCUAAGAGACGAUGUUAAUGAUUUGCCUUUUUUAUUACCUCCAACGUUUCUUUGAGUUCCAUACGGCUUCCAUAUUUAUGUACACGCGGGGGAGGUAGCGGUUGAAUACCAACCUAAUCAUAUAAUUUUGUA